CUUCUUCGCGCAUGCGCCUUGGGGCUCCCAGUCACUUUACUGAGGAUUCCUCCUUCGAGGGGAAGAGUGAGCUUCCCAGGGGCUUGUUUCCCUCUGAGAGGCGGCCAUGAUGAGCGAAGGGCUGGAAGGAGGGGAAGCGGGAGCCCUGGAAGCCCCUGGCUGCUCCUCCUCUGGGGCUGGGCCCCGCUUCGAGAAGGGAAGCCUUUCUGAGUCCAGCGGGGAAGGAAACGAAGAAAUGGAGGAAGAGGAUGAGGAUGAAGAAGAGGAAGAGGGGGAAGGAGGGGGUCUAGAAAGACCUUUUGAGACGAAGGAAGACGAAGCCAAUUCGGAGGAGCGCAUGAUUAACCUCUCUGACCUGACACCAUAUAUCAUGUGUCCUAUCUGCAAGGGUUACUUUAUAGAUGCCACGACCAUCACAGAGUGUCUUCAUACAUUCUGUAAAAGCUGCAUAGUUAGACAUUUUUACUAUAGUAACAGAUGUCCGAAAUGCAACAUUGUAGUGCACCAGACACAGCCUCUUUAUAAUAUCAGGUUGGAUCGACAGUUGCAAGAUAUAGUAUAUAAGUUAGUUGUCAACUUGGAGGAAAGAGAGAAAAAACAAAUGCACGAUUUCUACAGAGAGAGAGGUCUAGAAAUACCCAAACCUGCAGCACCACAAGCAGUUACUGUAAGUAGAGGAAGGCCCCGCAAAGUUGUGGGUUCAGUGUUCCGUAUUCCCCCAGAACUUGACACAUCACUACUCCUGGAGUUUAUUGGAGCUAAUGAUCUCUCUGGGAAUUUUAAGCCCCUUGAAAAGAAGUUUGUACGUGUUUCAGGAGAUGCAACAAUUGGCCAUGUAGAGAAAUUCCUCCGCAGAAAGAUGGACCUUGCUCCUGGCUGUCAGGUAGACAUAAUAUGUGGUGAUCACCUACUAGAAAACUACCAGACUCUAAGGGAAAUCCGACAAGCUCUAGGAGAGAGUGCAGUGCAGGAUGGUUUACUUGUGCUUCAUUAUGGCCUGAUUCUUAGCCGAGAUUCCACAUUUUCAGGGAUUUCUUAAAUAUCAGUUAAAGCAAUCUGAAUGAAAAAUCAUCCUCAGUGUGAAGUGCGCUAGAGAAAGCCAUCUUAUUGGGAGAAAUUAAACUAAUGCACUGCUGUUUGCUCUGCACAGUGAUGUAGCAUCUGACUUAAACCAAUGAGGGGAAAAAACGCUGCACCAUGAGUACAGCUAUGAAUACUUCAAUGCCCUUAUGUCUCAAACAUGGAGGUAGCUCAGGGAAAAGGAGUUGUUUCAAGAUAAUCAGGAUUAAUUUUAAAUGCUGUUUGUUGUAUCAUUGAUAGCUUACUUUCAGAACUUGAGCUAAAGACAGGUAUUUAUCUAAAAGAUCUUAACUAUAGAGUUACAUGGUAUUCUCAGGGAUGAUGUUGGUGUAUUAUUGGAAGAGUCAUGUAUUCUUUUGGGGAAUAUUUAAUUGUAUACUAAUAGACUCAGUUUAGAAAUAGUAAAGGCAACUUUUCAGAUUUGUGUCCUGGACCAAAUGGAGCGUAACUACCUUU